AUCUUUUUGAACUUGCCAAGAGAUUUACACAAUACUGCUUUAAAUCUUACAUUGGAGGGUAUAAUUCACAAUUUCAAUCAUAAUCUGGUGCCACAAACUUCGAGAUCCAAUGAACUACACGAGCUGUCCCCCCGUAGUAAUGCCAUCACAUUACAGCCAAGAAUUGUUACGUCAUGACUACAUACUGAAGAUCGUAUCUUGUACAAUUCUAGUACUACUUACCAUCCCAGUAUCAUCACUCAACAUGCUAGUUAUCUUGACCGUUAUAAAAACUCCAAAACUCCAAACUCCUUCUUUUAUUCUGAUAUGCAGUCUUGCCAUGACCGACUUCGGUUCUGGGCUCGCAGCAUUUCCCAUAAACGCGUCCUGGAGGCUUGUAGAGUUAGUAGAUCGCGAUGCUAAUAUUUGCAGCACGUUUGACGUUGGCUUCGCCAUCGCUUUCACGCUGUUGAGCUCUUCAGAGUUGACCGUUACCGCCCUAAGUAUCGACAGAUAUCUCGCGAUACAUCUAAGUCAGCGCUAUCGUAACCAGGUUACUAAUCGUCGUGUUGUCAUAGUCGUGGUGGUAUUGUGGUGCAUAGCUGUGGUAUGGGGUGUUUCUAGUGUGUUUAUUACUCCUAAAGUCCUCCAUACUACUGUCGUGUUUGUUGGGAUUCUAACAUUUGGAGCUAUAUUCUUGUGUUACGCGCUGGCGUUCAAGGCCUUACUCGGACAAGAGGCAAUGUUUCGAAAAAUGAAUCGUCAGCAACAGGAUUUUAAAGCUAGUAAAUCUGCUUUGACGUCCGAGAAGGAAACACCACAAGAACUGUUAACUACAUCUCCGCCAUGUCAACAGACAAAAAGAAGAUUGUUUGCCUUGCAUCAUAACAGCAAGAGGAAAAAAUCAUUACAGAUAAAUAUUAUCAAGACUUCACCUUCUAAAGGAAAUGAAGACGCGGUCGAGAAUGAAGACCUAAGCACGUGCUUUGCCUCCUUACAGUCAGAUUUAAUGACGCAAGACAAGAAGAGAGCACCUGAGGAUGUUAAACAAGAGUUUGAAGAAACACGCAUCGAGCACUUUCAUAAGUCACGUCAUCUUUGCAAAACAUGUAUUCCCGAUGACAAAGAUGUUAUGCUUUCAGUUAUUGAUGUAUCUAAAUUUUCAAAAGAUAACGUCGAGUUAACAGAUGCAUCAAGAAACGGAAAGGAAUCAAAUUGCUCUAUUUCCAUAUGCGUGACAAACAGUUAUCUAAAACCAGAGUCAAAGACGACUUCAUUUAAAGGCUCUGUCGACAAUAAUUCUUUGAAGACAACAGAGGACCACAACUACCGACAGAAGAGGUUCAGUUAUCUUCGAAACAAGAUGAAAAUGUUCAGAUCAGGAGCUGGAGCGUCUGUUAGGUUGGUCAAGUACAGAUAUACUAUCGUGACCCUGUUAUGGGUCAUUAGCAUGUUAAUACUUUGUUAUGCGCCUUAUUUCUUCUUGUCAUUUAUGGUUGCGUUUACUGGAAUGACCAAUGAAGGCGCAGUAGCUUGGAGCAUAGCAAUAACAGUAAUGUGCAUCAACUCUCUCAUCAACCCUGUGAUAUAUCUAUGGCGGCUUAGGGCACUAAGAAAAGCGUGUUUGAAUAUUUUGAAAGGGAUUUGCUGUUAAUGAAAUCGUCACGUCACAGUGUGCGCGUACGGUAGACCCUCCCUCUGCAUCUCUAUGCUCUAUUGACAUCAUUACGUCACAGUGCGCGCCUACCGUAGACUCCCUCUCAACCCGCCUAUGUUCUAUUGACAUCGUCACUUCACAGUGUGCGCGCGUAUUGUAGACUCCCUCUCUACCCGCCUAUGUUCUAUUGACAUCAUCACGUCACAGUGCGCGCGUACCGUAGAUUUACCGCACAUGUUAGGUAUGUGUGUCGGAUGUGCAUCCUUUGAAUUUGUAAUCUCACGUUUUAGCUUAAAAUGUUUAUUAUUUUGUAAGUAAGUUCAUGUUACGAACUGAUUUAUUUUCCCUUAAUUAUAAAGAAGAAAAUAAGAUUUAAAAAUCUCUCUUUGCGAAGAGUUUCAUUAAGAUAAAAUAUAGGCAGCUAAAAUAUAGUAUUAUAUAGUGAUAUAAACGAUGAGCGCUUGUAAAUUAGGCUUGGUUUAAAAAUUAGUUUUUCUUGAGAAUAAACCUGUUUGGUUGAGACGUCUGUAUUAAUGAUUUUCGAAAGGCCAUAAGUUAUUUUAUUGGCCUUAAAAUGAGGGCCUCAAAUUGGAAAACAUUGAAUGCUGUUAAGUUAGUGACUUAUUUUAUAUAUGUUUAAAUAAAAGGCUUUUGCCGUAAUUAAAAAUUUUUGUAUAGGCUUGGCGUUCAUGAUAAUAAAAUGAUAUAAAUACACUCAAUGACAAAAUUAUUUAGUCUAUUUACGGGUUGAAAACAUAGAACAUAGAAGCUGUGACCAAAAUGGUACAUGUACAUGAGAAGUACGUUGGUUAAAUGUAUCUAGUGAGACAACUCGUAGAAUGUUCAUAAAUUAUUGCGUUCACAGAAAGCAUGGAGGCUUUUAACACAUGUUUCAUAUCGUUUGCGUAUCUCAACUGAAUACAUCAGAGGAUAAUUACGUAUUUCCCAUAACACCUUUCCGAUCUCAGCUUCAGUUUUCUAUGUUUUCAAACCGACAAUACACCGUUCUCAUAAUGGCUGAAAAGGGCACGAAAACAAGGUCAACCAGUCAUUAGUUCACAAUACAAGAUAUAAAAGUACAUUAAAUGAGUUUAUAACAGAAAAGUAUAGAAAUUUAACUCUUGUUUUGACCUGUAUUCGCGCUAUCCACCUUUAUUCUGAAUGAGCAGCCUUGCUCAGCCUUGCAAGAUGACUGGGUGACCUCGUUUUUGUGCGCUCGUCAGCCAUUAUGAGAAGGGUGUAUAAUUUUGCAAUUGAGUGUAUAUGAAUGAACACGAAUGAAAGUCGUUGUCAGUAAAGUCAUUCAUGUCCAAACAUACAUAAAGCUCUAGUCUUGUUUUACAGAGCUUUAAAAAUUUUGAACUAAAAAUUUUGUUUUUUAACACAAGUUAUGAUGACUAGCUUUCUCGACGUUUCAGCACUCUCGGGUGCCAUUAUCGAUAGUGCGUGUAUAUGAAGAGAAUGUCUUACGGGACAAACACUUUGGCUUGUAGAGAGUCURAAUGCAUCUUGAGAACACAAUUCAGUCAAUAUGCAAUCAGACUCUCUCAAAGCCAAAGUAUAUGUCACCAUAGGAGAUUCUCUCUUCGGAUUCCACUUAUCAAUGUAUUGAUAUAUAGUAUAUAUAGAUAUUUUGCCUUUAUAAACACGCACUCUUGAUUAUGACAAUCGGCGAGUGUCGAAACUUCCAGAAAACUAGUCGUCAUCAGUUUUGUUAUUAGAUGUUAUUUCGUUCUUACUAAUAAUUAUCAAAGUAAAUAUUUUAGUUACACGACAGAAAAUAUCAAUCCACUGGGCCAUGAGGAUUGUGUAAACCUAUAAGACUAAAACUAGAUCCAUUUAGAAGUCGUACUACUUUAUAAACUGGCAAUGUUCCUUGCAACUUGUCGCGAGCAUGACAAAUGGCAUAAAGAGCUUUUGCCUAGGUUGACAGAACUUAAACUUGUUUGCAUCGUUAAGGCUUAAAAUGCAGAUGUGAUUUUCGCGACAAUUGCGCUAACAGUUUCUUGACAAUUAGAGACCUUUAGCAUCAGGUUUAUCGCUAACCGCUAGGGAUAAGGCCCAGAAACACGCCCGCAAACACACACACACACAAAAACACUCAGCAUUAAUAAAGUUAAAUAUAGCGGAUCUUCCAGCAACACCUUUGUCAUGACGCCUUGCUAAAUGUCAAAACUUUGACGGAAAACGCCUAACGUCAAACUGCAGUUGAGGUUUGCGGUACCUAGCAAGAACGUCGUGCUAAAGGGUCUCUAUUCCUAGGAAAAACGUAUUUCUGCAACUUGCAAAAUAAGGAUAUGUCUUUAAAAUAAAAACAUUUUCCAUCUU